UCGUGGACGCCACGACCUCCAUGAAUGGAGCUUCAAGGAUACUUGGUUCUAUUGCGCCUCUAGCAGCGGCGCCAUUCAGCUCCUCGCGCCAACAAGGUACUACACAUUUCCAAAGAUCCCACACCAUGGAGCUGCAUGAGGAGCGCGAGCUCCAUCGCAAUCUCCUCAGCAUGCCACACAGGCCAGCAUUCACAGCGUCGUACUGCUUCUUGGAGCCGAUCUGUGCCACUCUUCCCUCAAAUCCAGAUCCCUCGCUCGCAAGCCAGGACUUGGCGCCAGUGUGCAAAGAGGGGAGGCUCUUAUCUUCAUGGGAUAUGACAUUCUUGUGGCUGGGCUUGGUCGUGGGAGUUCCAAAUUACUAUCUCGCUGGAAGCUUGGUGGAGCUCGGGAUGGCAUGGUGGCAAGGAAUUGGCACCGUCUUGCUUGCGAAUGUGAUCACGUACUGCAUUCUCGUCUUAGCUGCGCAUCCAGGGACCAAGUAUGGGAUUUCCUUCCCGGUUUUGUUGCGAGCUUCUUUCGGAGUGUUUGGAGCCAACGUCCCGGCUUUGCUGCGAGGCUUUGUGGCUUGCGGGUGGUACGGGAUUGAGACUUGGAUAGGUGGUGAGGCGAUUUUCAGGAUUGUGGACGUGAUGUUGGGGAAGAACAGGUUCUCCAACUUGGCCGAGAGCUUGCCUUUGCUUGGGACCUCUGUGCCCGAGCUUGGGUGUUUUUUCCUGUUUUGGCUGCUGCAGCUGUGGAUUGUGUGGAAUGGGAUCGAGAGCAUUAAGAAGCUGGAGAAGUAUAGCGCUCCGGUGCUUAUCGUGCUCACGGUGGCCUUGCUUGUUUGGGCCGUCGUCUCUGCUGGGGGAUUUGGAGCAAUGCUUGCUGCUUCUUCGGCAUUUGGACGUGGUGGUCGCAAGGAAGGCAAGUUCUGGCAAGUUUUCUUGCCUUCGCUUACAGCAAACAUUGGAACGUGGUCGACUUUGAGCUUGAAUAUCCCAGAUUUUAGCCGGUACACUUAUUCGCAGGCUGAUCAAAUCCUUGGCCAGGCAAGCCUGCCUCUUUUCAUGGCCGCCUUCUCUUUCGUCGGCCUGGCAGUGACAUCGGCUUCGGAAGUCAUAUUCGGACACGCCAUAUCCAACCCCAUCGAGCUCCUUUCACGGAUACGAGGUGGCUUUCUCGUUGCUGUGGUUUCACUCAUUGGAGUCACCCUGGCCACUCUCACCACCAACAUCGCAGCCAACGUCGUGGCACCGGCAAACGCACUCGUCAACCUUGAUCCAAAGCGAUUCACCUAUAGAAGCAGCGGACUCGUUGUGGCAGUCAUAAGCGUGUGCUUCCUUCCGUGGAAGCUCCUCCAGACCAGCGAAAGUUUCAUAUACGCUUGGCUAGUCGGCUACUCGGCACUUCUCGGCCCAAUCGGAGGUAUACUUCUUGCUGAUUACUACAUUCUCAGGCAACGAAAGUUGGAUAUUGACUCCCUCUAUUCCUCGAGCAACACAGGAAAAUACUGGUACUCCAAAGGUGUGAAUCCCGCGGCAAUGGUUGCUCUUACGGCUGGAAUUCUACCCUGCAUUCCAGGCUUCCUGAGCACCGUCGGCCUACUGAAGCUCAAGAUUCCAAGGCUUUUGCUAGCUCUGUAUGAUGGUGCAUGGUUUGUGGGGUUCUUCGUGGCUGGACUCGUAUACUUGACGCUUUCGUGCUUUCCCCGAGUGGAGAGAGCCUUGUAAGCAUGUCAACCUCUGUAGAGUUUUCAAAACAAGGGAGCUGCAGAGUAACUUCACAGUGUUGCUUAAUGACGCCACUCUAUGCUCUCGAGAGCUAGAUCUAAAACUUAGGCUUUGUACAAUGCAGAAUUGUAAAAUGGUUUUUUGCAAGAGAAGUGCCUCAGUCACACGCUCUAUAGGACAUCUUACCUCAAAGCACUUAGCCCCACUUUUCGCUUUGGAGCCCAUAUGUCAACAAGCUAUAUGUAACUUUGGAUGGGAUUGGAUUGAAUUUGAUUGCCAGAAGGGGCAAACACCACACAAGGUUUCUGUUUUUCGAGUCGCUCCUGAGCUCUUGAGCCAAGUGCUCGGCCAUGGCUGAUAAGAGUUAUCCUUACGGCUAUCCUCCUCAAGGUUACUAUCCACAGCCACCUCCAGUGGCUCCUCCUCCGCAGUAUUAUGGCCCUUCUCAUAGAGACCAAGGCUUUCUAGAAGGCUGCUUGGCUGCCCUUUGCUGCUGCUGGUUACUGGAUGUUUGCUGCUGCUGCGGCCCACACAUGCUCAUUGGAUGCUGAUGAUUCCUAGUAAAUUUGAAGCUCUACAUCUGAUAUAUGGAGUUUUAGUAACUUCUUGGCUAUGGUAGCGUUGGAUCUUGCUGCGCUGCAAAAUCAUAUACAUAUGCGCCAAUUAUUUCUUAUUUUUCGGUAAAUUACGCAGAUUUUUCUGUGCAGACUUUGGAACCUAUAUAUGAUUAUGCUACUGCUCGAA